AUGGAGGUGUCACCGUCACCCGCGAGCCCAGCCCCGAAUGGCGUGAGCUCGCCUUCGUUCCCUGCCAUAGACCCAAAUCAGCUCGUCGACCAUCUCGUUGCUGUCAUCGGCAGUACCCUCGGUGCGACGAAAGAGGAGCUCGAAAGCCCUGGUAGUCUUCUUCAUAAGAGCCGCAUUGGCGACACGAUUCAAAGAUGUUCCCGCUUCGCAGCAGAUACCCAGCAAUCCCUCUAUGUCCAGAAGGAUAUCGCUCCUUCAUCGCCUACUGAGGCUACACCUGAUGAAUCCAGGGCUCCUUUCCAUACAUACACCCUCACAACCGAAAUGUCCUCGCUCCCCACGACCGUGUCCUCCCUUGUCCUCCUCAAAAGAGCUCAACCACUCGACCCUGCGCUUCCGCUUACCGCCCAGAUACUCAUCACCAAUCUCCCUGGUCCUGCUACGUUGAACGCGACGGUUGGCGAGCAAGGGCCUUCUACUUCUCCCUACGAGAUCCUCCAGUCCCUGAUCCAUAACGCUUUGGUUCCCUACUUCGACGCCAAUACCAAGACCCAACUUACAAACGGCACGAGAGGCCGAGCGGAUGUCGACUCGAAGACUGGUAUCCCAAUCACGAAGAAGCGAUGGAACGAUUUGGAGCUCAGCUUGCUCCAUCUCCAGGAGAAUGUCGAGAUCCCUCAGGUGUCCCUAACGUUCCAUCCCGUCGUACAGUCAGCCCUCGAAGCCGCCCAGUUGGAUAGAAUGCGACCGUCUCUCGACCUGAUCCCGGAAAGAAUUUUACAGGAUAGUUCGAUUCUCAACAAUUUACAGGCCAAUGUCAACAGCUGGAUCAAAUCCAUUCAGGCCAUCACGAAGAUGACGCGAGACUCAUCGUCCGGUCCGGGCCAGGAUCUCAAGUUCACCGCGAGCCAAGAGAUCAACUUUUGGUUGUCGAUGGAGUCUGCUCUCGAGGCCAUCGAGGCCCAGCUGGAGAGUGAUGGAGUUCUACUCACCCUGGGAAUCCUGAAGCAUGCGAAGCGUUUCCAGGCGACUGUAAGCUUCACCGCUGAUACUGGCUUGAAGGAGGCUAUGGAGAAGGUGCAAAAGUACAACCAACUCAUGCGAGACUUCCCCCUCGACGAGCUACUCUCGGCCACUUCGCUGCCCAAGGUCCAGGACGCCCUUAUCCAGAUAUUUGCGCAUCUAAACAAGAAGCUGAAGAUCUGCCCUUACCCUAUCCGACGAGCUCUUCCGCUUGUUGAGGCCAUCUCGGGUGACCUUGACGAGGUUCUCCACCGGCUACUUCCGGGCACCGAGUUGGUUGAGCUGGAGUAUCCCGAGUUCCAGUCGGUUAUGAAGGCCUGCGUUUCCAUCUUUCAGACGUGGGAGGAGAGUAUCAAGGAAUUUACAAACGUUGCUCGUGAAGUCACUCGUCGCCGAAAUGACAAGUUCAUUCCGAUUAAGGUCAACAAAAAGCACUCGGAACUUGAGGGCCGUCUCAAGUAUGUGAGUACCUUCAGGGACAACCAUGAACAGCUCCAGCGGACCAUUGUCAACGUCUUGGGACCCAAGGCGUCUGUUGACGGCGUGGUCGAACCGGGAGACCCCACCGGCGCCAUCGUCAUUGAAGAGAUGGGUGAUGUCGACGCUGUUGAAGAGGUCAAGCAAGCAUGGGAAGCCCUCAGGAACGUCGACCUCCUCGACGUCUCCCCUCAAGGGACGGAGAGGUGGGCGAGAGCCGAGAAUGUUUACAACGAGCGCACGACGCGGGUAGAGAAUUCCAUCAUCACCCGACUUAGAGACCGCCUAGGAACUGCAAAGAACGCAAAUGAGAUGUUCCGCGUCUUCUCCAAGUUCAACGCGCUUUUUGUGCGGCCAAAGAUCAAGGGUGCUAUUGCUGAGUACCAGCACCAACUUCUUGACCACGUCAAGCAGGCUAUCAACGGCCUUCACGAGCGGUAUAAGCAGCAAUACGCCCACUCCGAGGCCCACGCCAUGGCUCAAUUGCGUGAUCUCCCUCCUGUUUCCGGCGCCAUCAUCUGGGCCCGCCAAAUCGAAUUUCAGCUAGACGGAUACAUGAAGAAGGUAGAACAUGUUCUCGGCGAGGAGUGGAAGGUACACUCCGAGGGUCAGAAACUCCUUCAUGAAAGUAACCUCUUCAGGUCGAAGCUCGAUACACGCCCAAUUUUUGAGGCUUGGGCACGAGAAGUCAAGAGGAGAAAGAUUUCGAUUUCGGGUUUCCUAUUCACCGUUAACAGGGUUCGAUCAUCUAACACCUUGGAACUCACUGUGAAUUUUGACCAGCAAGUGAUCACUUUAUUUAAAGAGACUCGAAACCUGGCCUGGCAGAACUAUUCGGUCCCGCAUACCAUCAGCUCGGUAUCCAAGGAUGCCAAGAGGGUGUAUCCUUACGCCGUUAGUCUGAUGGAGGGCGUGAGGACUUUCUCGCAGACUAUGCGCCAGAUCUCCGAGAUGGGUGAGGAGGCUGUUCUUCUCAACGGCUACCGCAAUGACGGCUUUGCCCUUAUCAAGAAGGGCGUGCCGCUGAAGUGGGAAUCCUUCGUGACCGCUUAUGAUGUCUUCUUCAAUGCCAACCGAGCCAACCACUCCCUCGCAGAGCUUGGCAUUGGCAAGGCAGGUGAGAGCAAGCACGGGAUGUUCAUCCGGGAGUUUGUGGCUGCCGUUUCCCUCCUCCAGUCCAAGACCAUUACUUUGGCUUCCAUCCAUGCUACCGUGGAGAAGGCACUUGCGGAGCUUGCGAUCUGCCCUUACGCGACCGACGAGUUCCAGUCUCGCUUGGAGACCAUCCAAGCCGCCGUUGAUCAGCUGAACUUGGAGCAGUAUGUUAACCUGAACUUCUGGGUCGAAGGGAUGAACCAGAAACUUAAGGACGUUCUUCUUGCCCGUUUGCAGCACGCCAUCCAUGCCUGGAUUGGUGCUUUUGAGGAUGAAUAUCUAGAAGAGGGUGGCCGGAAACAAGUUAUCGACCCGGUCGAGGCAAAGAAUGGUCCCGUCAUGCCUCGCCUAGUGCACGAAUUGGCCAUGCGAAACCAGGUUAUCUAUCUCGACCCGCCGCUCGAGCAUGCGCGAGCCGGAUGGUUCCUCCAUCUUCACGAUUGGCUUGGCGUUGUUUGCAACCUCCCCAAGCUCAAGGCUACCCGGUACCAGAUGGCACUCGCUGCUAAGAACGACGACGCCCGGUUCACCGAUCUUCCCAUGGAGUGCGCCGAUGCUCUUUCUCGCGUCUACGUUGCCAUGGAGGCCAAGCUGCGGGACAUUAGUGCUUACGUCGACAAGUGGUUGCAGUUCCAAUCACUGUGGGACUUGCAGUCAGAGCAAGUCUACGAGGCCAUUGGCGAGAAGUUGUCGAGUUGGCUUCAGCUUCUCCAGGACAUUCGCAAGACUCGUCAGACUUUCGACACCCAGGAAGUCAGCCAAUCCUUCGGUCAUAUCACCAUCGAUUACGAGCAGGUCCAGACUCGCGUGAACACCAAGUAUGAUCAGUGGCAGCAUGAUAUCCUCCUCAAAUUUGCUAGCCGCCUCGGAGCUCGUAUGCGAGAUGUUUACGCCGACAUGGACAAGAUGCGCCGAGAUCUCGAGCCCCAAACCCUCGAAUCUGCCUCUACUGACAAGGCGGUCAAAUUUAUCACGGCUGUCCAGGCUUGCCGUAGGAACGUAAAGAUCUGGGCACCGGAGAUUGAUAUGUUUCGCCAGGGCCAGUCUACAUUGGUCCGACAGCGAUACCAGUUCCCUCAGGAUUGGGUCGACAUCGCCCAGAUUGAAAGCGAAUGGGACGCCAUUAACGAGAUGUUGGAGAAGAAGUCGAAGAUUGUCAAUGAUCAGACGGAUGCCCUCCGGGCUAAGAUUAUCGCCGAAGACAAGCUUGUGAAUGAGCGAAUUGCUGAAGCCGCUUCUCAAUGGAACGAAGAGAAGCCCGUUUCCGGCACAAUUCCUCCUGACGUCGCAUCCGCUACUCUUACGCAAUUUGAGAGCCGCAUCACAGCUCUCCAAGAGCACUCUCAAAUGGUUGCGAAGGCCAAGGAGGCACUUGAUCUUCCGCCCAGCCCCGAUUCUUCUCUCGAUGCCAUCAUGGAGGAGGUCCAAGACUUCCAGUCCGUCUGGGCCAAUCUCGCCACAAUUUGGGCCAGCCUUAACGAUACCCGCGAAACUCUCUGGACGGCAGUCCAACCCCGAAAAAUCCGCGGCAAGAUCGACGACCUUAUCAAGAACACCAAGGAAAUGCCGAGCCGGAUGCGGCAGUAUGCUGCAUUUGAACAUGUCCAGAAGAUUCUGCGUGGUCUCUUGAAGGUCAAUCCUAUCCUUUCGGAUCUCAAGUCGGAUGCCAUUCGGGACCGCCAUUGGACCAAAAUCUUCAAGCAGCUGCGUCCUGGCAAGCGAUAUUCCCCUGUCUCCAUGACUCUCGGAGAUGUUUGGGAUCUCAAUCUCGUUGCAACAGAAGCGAUCGUGAAGGAUAUCAUCGCCCAGGCGCAGGGCGAAAUGGCCUUGGAGGAGUUCAUCCGACAAGUCCGAGAGACGUGGACCAACUAUGCUCUGGACCUAGUCAACUACCACAACAAGUGCCGUCUAAUCCGCGGCUGGGAUGACCUCUUUGCCAAGUGCAGUGAGAACCUCAACUCCUUGCAGGCUAUGAAGCACUCGCCCUAUUACAAGGAAUUUGAGGAAGAUGCCUCGGCCUGGGAGGACAAGUUGAACAGGCUCCAUGUCCUCUUCGACAUCUGGAUAGACGUCCAGCGACAGUGGAUCUACCUCGAAGGUGUCUUUACCGGUAAUGCCGAUAUUAAGCAUCUCCUGCCCAUCGAGUCGGGCCGCUUCCAGAACAUCAACAGCGAGUUCUUGGCCGUGAUGAAGAAAGUCUACAAGCAACCGUACGUCUUGGAAGUUCUUACCAUUCCGAAUGUUCAAAAGUCCUUGGAGCGUCUGGCGGAACUUCUGAACAAGAUCCAAAAGGCCCUUGGAGAGUACCUUGAGAAGGAACGUCUGUCAUUCCCUCGAUUCUACUUCGUCGGUGACGAGGAUCUACUCGAAAUGAUUGGUAAUAGCAACGACACUCUCCGUAUUGCCAAACACUUUAAGAAGAUGUUCGCCGGUAUCUCGGGUCUCACCAUGGACGAUGAUAACUCUAUCAUCACCGGAUUCACGUCUAAAGAGGGUGAGGUUGUCAAACUUAAGAAAGAGAUUUCCCUUGCCAAGACACCACGCAUCAACGACUGGCUUACACUGCUGGAGGACGGCAUGAAACGGACGCUCGACCACCUUCUCGCAGAGGCUGUCGAAGCCUACACGCCCAUCUUCGAAGCUGAAACGCUUGACGGGGCGGCGUUUGACAAAUACAUGGAAGAAUUUCCCAGCCAAAUUGUCGUCCUGGCGACGCAAGUUGUAUGGACGACGGCUGUUGAGAAGUCUCUCGCUGCAGGCGGGAAGACUCUGCAGACAUUGUACAAUCGCGAGGUUGGCAUCCUGCGAUACCUUGCCGACACCGUCCUUCGCGACCUCGGUGUAAUUGAGCGAAAGAAGUGCGAACAGCUCAUCACCGAGUGUGUCCAUCAGCGUGACGUUAUCGAAAAGCUGAUCAAAGCAAAUGCCACCCACGAGAAGCAUUACCUGUGGCUCCUGCAGAUGCGCUACGUCUACACCCCCGAAGGCGAUUAUCUCUCGCGUCUUUGCAUCAAGAUGGCCAAUGCUAAGCUGGACUACGGCUUCGAGUAUCUCGGUGUGCCGGACCGUCUUGUGCGGACCCCGCUUACGGACCGGUGCUUCGGUACUCUCACCCAGGCGCUUUGCCAGCGUCUCGGAGGCUCCCCCUAUGGACCGGCAGGUACUGGUAAAACUGAGUCCGUCAAAGCCCUUGGUGUCCAGCUCGGACGGUUUACCCUCGUGUUCUGCUGUGAUGACACGUUUGACUUCCAAGCAAUGGGCCGUAUCUUCCUCGGUAUCUGCCAAGUCGGCGCGUGGGGUUGUUUCGAUGAGUUCAACCGUCUGGAGGAGAGGAUUCUAUCUGCCGUCUCUCAGCAGAUUCAAAACAUUCAGCUCGGCCUUAAACAAGGUGUCGAAGACGACAAUGCCCAGAUUGAGCUCGUUGGACGACAACUACACGUCAGUCAGAAUACCGGUAUCUUCAUCACCAUGAACCCUGGUUAUGCGGGCCGAUCCAAUCUCCCAGACAAUUUGAAGAAGCUCUUCCGAAGUGUGGCCAUGUCCAAGCCAGACAAGGAGCUGAUUGCCGAAGUCAUGUUGUAUUCCCAGGGCUUCAACCAAGCAAAGCAGCUUUCGAAGCAGACAGUGCCCUUCUUCGACCAGUGUUCCAAACAGCUGUCGAAGCAGGCUCAUUACGACUUUGGUCUCCGUGCCUUGAAGAGCGUUCUUGUCAGCUCCGGUGGCCUGAAGCGUGCUAGGCUCUCGAAUGGCGAGGUCAAUGCAGUUGACGACGCGGCGUUCGAGCCAGAAAUCAUCGUUCAGAGUAUUCGCGAGACGAUUGCUCCUAAGCUCAUCCGAGAUGAUGUCGAUAUCAUGGCCGGAAUCGAGGAAGUCUGCUUCCCUGGCAUCAAGUACGUGCCGGCCAACCUCGAGAAGCUCGAGAACGCCAUUCGAACACUCGCCAGCGAAAGACAAAUGGUUGUUACAGACUCCUGGAUGACCAAGGUUCUUCAAUUGUACCAGAUUCAGAAAAUCCAUCAUGGUGUUAUGAUGGUUGGAAACUCGGGCAGUGGCAAAUCUGGUGCAUGGAGGCUCUUGCUUGAUGCUCUUCGCGUUGUUGAGGAUAUCGAGGGUAUUUCCCACGUUAUCGACUCCAAGGUCAUGUCGAAGGAGGCCCUGUAUGGUAACCUUGACUCGACAACGCGCGAGUGGACCGACGGCUUGUUCACGAGCAUUCUUCGUAAGAUCGUCGACAACCUCCGUGGCGAAGAUACAAAGAGGCACUGGAUCGUUUUCGAUGGCGACGUUGACCCCGAGUGGGUUGAAAACUUGAACAGUGUCCUCGACGAUAACAAACUCCUAACUCUGCCUAACGGAGAACGUCUCAACCUACCGCCGAACGUCCGCAUCAUGUUCGAAGUAGAGAACCUCAAAUACGCGACCUUAGCCACUGUGAGUCGUUGCGGUAUGGUCUGGUUCAAUGAAGAUAUCGUAUCCCCCAACAUGAUGGUCGCGAACUACCUCGAGCGAUUGCGAACUGUCGUCUUCGAAGAUCUUGAUGAGGAUGCCGUCGGCUCCGGCCAAAACCCCGCCAAGAUGUUGGCUGUGCAGGCACAGGUCGCUGAUCUACUGCAAACCUUCCUGACCAAGGAUGAUUUCAUCCUUGCAGCACUCAAGGAAGCCGAGGGAUAUACGCACAUCAUGGACUUCACUAUUGCCCGUGUCCUCAACACCCUAUUCUCCCUAUUAAACAAGGCGGUCCGAGAUAUCAUCGAAUACAAUGCCCAGCAUACCGACUUCCCAUUGGACCACGAACAAAUGGAAGGCUAUAUUUCCAAGAAGCUUCUCCUCGCCCUCGUUUGGUCGUUAACCGGAGACUGCCCACUUGGUGAGCGCAAACUCUUCGGCGACAAGCUUUGCGGUAUCGCCCACUUUGGAUCGCCCCCAGUCGAUGGUUCCAGCUCUUUGAUCGAUUUUGAUGUCUCACUACCCCAGGCCGAAUGGACUUCUUGGCAAGCGCAAGUCCCGACAGUGGAGGUUAACACCCACUCUAUCACACAGACCGACGUCGUCAUUCCGACUCUGGACACGAUCCGCCACGAGGAUGUUCUCUACUCGUGGCUUGCCGAGCAUAAACCUCUACUACUCUGCGGUCCUCCCGGUUCCGGUAAGACGAUGACAUUGUUCAGCGCUCUUCGCAAACUGCCUAAUAUGGAAGUCGUCGGCCUCAAUUUCUCGAGCGCCACCACACCCGACCUCCUUAUCAAGACCUUUGAACAGCACUGUGAAUACAAGAAGACUCUGAACGGUGUUAUCCUCUCGCCGAGGCAAAUUGGUCGCUGGCUUGUCAUCUUCUGUGACGAAAUUAACCUUCCCGCCCCCGACAAAUACGGAACUCAGCGGGCUAUCUCGUUCCUGCGCCAGCUUGUUGAGCACAAUGGUUUCUGGAGGACCUCCGACAAGUCCUGGGUUACCCUGGACAGGAUUCAGUUCGUCGGUGCCUGCAACCCUCCAACGGAUGCUGGCCGAACGCCUCUCGGCGCCAGGUUCCUGAGGCACGCACCCCUGAUCAUGGUAGACUAUCCUGGCGAGCUUUCGCUCCUGCAGAUUUACGGUACUUUCAACUCUGCCGUGCUCAAGAUCAUUCCUACGCUUCGCGGCUAUGCCGACGCACUUACGCAAGCCAUGGUCAAGUUCUAUCUCCAGUCACAGCAGCGUUUCACACCUAAGAUCCAGCCACACUACGUAUACAGUCCUCGUGAACUUACUCGAUGGGUCCGUGGUGUUUAUGAGGCCAUUCGACCUCUUGAAACUCUUACUCUCGAGGGUCUUGUCCGCAUCUGGGCUCACGAAGCUCUUCGUCUCUUCCAGGAUCGACUCGUCGCUGAAGAAGAGCGCCAGUGGACUGACGAAGCCGUCCGCCGAAUUGCGCUCGACCUCUUCCCCACUAUUGAUGAAGAGAAGGCUCUUGGAGGACCGAUCCUGUUCUCCAACUGGCUCUCGAGACAUUAUGUACCCGUCGACCGCGAACAGCUUCGAGACUUCGUCAAGGCCAGGUUGAAGACAUUCUGCGAAGAGGAGGUCGACGUACCACUAAUCCUCUUCAAUGACGUUUUAGAGCACGUCUUGCGCAUUGAUCGUGUGUUCAGACAACCCCAGGGACAUCUCAUCUUGAUCGGUGUCAGCGGAAGUGGAAAGACUACUCUGUCGCGAUUCGUUGCCUGGAUGAACGGUUUGAAGGUCUUCCAAAUCAAGGUCCACGGCAAGUAUACAGCGGAGGACUUUGAUGAUGACCUCCGAGAUGUCCUGCGCCGUGCCGGAUGCAAGGGCGAGAAGAUUUGCUUCAUCAUGGAUGAAUCCAAUGUCCUUGAUUCCGGUUUCUUGGAACGUAUGAACACACUCCUCGCCAACGCCGAAGUUCCUGGUCUGUUUGAGGGAGACGACUAUGCUGCUCUUAUGACAGCUUGCAAGGAAGGCGCUCAACGACAAAACCUACACCUCGACUCCCCCGAGGAACUCCACAAGUGGUUCACGCAGCAGAUUGUCAAGAAUCUCCAUGUUGUCUUCACGAUGAACCCACCAGAGGAUGGUCUAUCUUCCAAGGCAGCCACCAGUCCUGCUCUGUUCAAUCGAUGUGUGCUCAACUGGUUCGGUGAUUGGUCUGACCAGGCCCUCUUCCAGGUCGGCCAUGAACUUACCCAAUCUGUUGAUCUGGACCGUCACAAUUACGCUGCUCCUGACACUAUUCCCGUGGCGUACCGUGCUCUCUCGCUGCCGCCUUCUCAUCGCGAGGCUAUUGUCAACUCCAUGGUUUACAUUCACUACUCGCUGCAACGGUUCAAUUCCAAGCUUCUGAAGCAACAAGGUCGGGUCACAUACCUAACCCCUCGCCACUUCCUCGACUUUGUUGCUCAGUACGUCAAGCUCUACAAUGAGAAGCGAGAGGACCUCGAAGAGCAACAGCGUCAUCUCAACGCUGGUCUGGAGAAACUCCAGGAUACCGUGGACAAAGUCAGCGACCUCCGUGUCAGCCUUGCAGAGAAGUCUGCGCAGCUUGAUCGCAAGGGCGCAGAGGCAGAUGAGAAGUUGAAGCGCAUGCUCGCUGAUCAGCAAGAGGCAGAGCAGCGCAAGGCCGCCUCCCUCGAGCUUCAGAAGGUUCUUGAUGUCCAGCAGCGAGAAGUGACUUCGCGAAAGCAAAUCGUCUUGGAUGACCUCGCUAAGGCCGAGCCAGCCGUCGAAGAAGCGAAGGCCAGUGUUAGUAACAUCAAGAGGCAGCAUCUAACAGAAGUUCGUUCCAUGAGCUCGCCUCCACAGGGUGUACGUCUCGCGCUCGAGGCCGUAUGCGCGCUUCUCGGCAACAAAAUUACGGACUGGAAAUCGAUUCAGGCCAUCGUGCGAAAGGAUGAUUUCAUUGCCAGCAUCAUCAACUUCAACAACGAAGAGAAACUAACAAAGUCUCUCCGGCUCAAGAUGCGCAAUGACUACAUGGGCUCGCCCGAUUUCACCUUUGAGAAGGUCAACCGCGCCUCGAAGGCUUGCGGUCCCCUCGUCCAGUGGGUGUCGGCCCAAGUUAACUACGCCGAGAUUCUAGACAGGGUCGGCCCUCUCCGCGAGGAGGUCGCGCAACUCGAAGACCAGGCCCUACAGACCCAGGCUGAGGCCAAGGCCGUCGAACAGACAAUUGACAGCUUGGAGAGCCGAAUUGCCACUUACAAGGCAGAGUAUGCCACUUUGAUCGCCGAGACCGAGGCCAUCAAGGCGGAGAUGUUGAGGGUGCAGUCUAAGGUUGACAGGAGUGUCAAGCUACUCGACAGCCUGUCGUCCGAGAGGAUUCGUUGGGAGGAAGGAAGCAAGUCUUUCGAGACUCAAAUCAGCACCCUUGUCGGUGACGUCUUGAUUGCAGCGGCCUUCUUGGCCUACAGUGGUCUCUAUGACCAGACAUUCCGAAAGUCAAUGAUGGACGACUGGCUUCAUCAAUUACAUUUGUCGGGUGUCCUCUUCAAGGCGCACAAUCCGGUGACCGAGUACCUCUCUACUGCCGAUGAGCGGCUCAACUGGCAGCAGAACACUCUACCUGUGGACGAUUUGUGCACGGAGAACGCCAUCAUCUUGAAGCGUUUCAACAGGUAUCCUCUGAUUAUCGACCCCUCCGGUCGUGUCACAGAGUUCCUUCAGAAGGAGUGCAAGUCGCGCCGCUUGACUGUCACUAGCUUCUUGGACGAUUCCUUCACCAAGCAGCUUGAGAGCGCUCUGCGAUUCGGUAACCCGAUCCUCAUUCAAGACGCAGAGCAUCUUGAUCCGAUCUUGAACCAUGUUCUCAAUAAGGAAUACCAGAAGACAGGCGGUCGUGUUCUCAUCCAGCUCGGCAAACAACAAAUCGACUUUUCGCCUGCAUUCAAGCUGUAUCUCGCCACGCGAGACCCGUCGGCAACCUUUGCCCCCGACAUUUGCAGCCGGACAACAUUUGUCAACUUCACUGUUACGCAAAGCAGCUUGCAGACUCAAUCUCUCAACCAAGUGCUCAAAUCUGAACGACCAGACGUUGAUGAGCGUCGAUCCAACCUCAUCAAGUUGCAGGGCGAGUUCAAGAUCCAUCUCCGACAACUUGAAAAGCGUCUUCUGCAGGCUCUUAACGAGUCUCGCGGAAAUAUCUUGGACGAUGACAACGUUAUCGAAACAUUGGAGACCCUAAAGACAGAGGCGGCCGAGAUUUCAGCCAAGAUGAGGAAUACUGAAGGCGUGAUGACAGAGGUGGAGGAGAUUACGCAGCAAUACAGCAUCAUUGCCAAGUCUUGCAGUGCUGUCUUCGCCGUCCUUGAGCAGCUUCACUAUCUCAAUCACUUCUACCAGUUCUCUCUCCAGUACUUCCUCGACAUUUUCGAGGCUGUGCUCCAUAACAACAAGCACCUUGCGGGCGUGACGAAUUAUGAUGCCCGCCGCGAUAUCAUCGUCAAGGAUCUGUUUGUCAAUACCUUCCAGCGGACUGCCCUUGGUCUCCUUCAGAAGGACCGCGUUACUUUGGCAAUGCUCCUUGUUCACGCUUCACCUAUUCAGAUGGAUAAGACACUCCUCGAAUUGAUCAUCAGCGACAGGGUUGAGGGUCAGGAUAUCUCGAGUAACCCCAGCCUGAAAGCUGACGCUAUGAAUAAGGCUAGGCGCAUUCCUGCUCUCAAAGACAAGCUCGACAUGGCACCUGAGGCCGAUUGGGACAGGUUCUUCACCGAGGAGAUUGCCGAGAACUUUGUGCCCCGCAUCUGGGAUAAUACAGCCGACCCUGCAGAAAAGACUCUUCAGUCGCUCUUGCUCGUUAAGCUCUUCCGUCUUGAUCGGUUUAUCCCGGCGGCCGAGCGAUUCGUGGCUGGUGUGUUCGGCCCCGCAAUCUUCGAUAUCAUCGAAGACUUGGGAGAGACAGUUGCCGAAGUGCCCGCCACCCGUCCCAUCUCCCUGGUUUCUAGCCCUGGUUUCGAUGCCAGUUACAAGGUCGACAAUCUUGUCGAGAGACUGAAUGUCAGGUGCACCAACAUUGCCAUGGGUUCUAAUGAAGGCCUCUCCGGUGCCGAUAAGGCCAUUGCGAACGCCGCGCAGACAGGCUCUUGGGUGUUGGUCAAGAACGUCCAUCUCGCGCCCACCUGGCUCCAGAGUCUGGAGAAACGCAUGGAGAACCUCAAUCCGCAUGCGCAGUUCCGCCUCUUCCUUUCCAUGGAAUCCAGCCCCAAGAUUCCGGUCAACCUGCUCCGGGCCAGCCGUGUACUCAUGUACGAGCAGCCCGCUGGCGUGCGCGCCAACAUGAAGGACUCCAUGUCGUCGCUAUCUACUCGUGCUACGAAGAGUCCUGUGGAGAGGACAAGGCUUUACUUGCUCUUGUCUUUCUUGCAUGCGGUUGUCCAGGAGCGUCUGCGAUACGCGCCUAAGCUCGGUUGGAAGGCCUAUUGGGAGUUCAAUGACAGUGACUACGAAUGUUCUGCCUUCAUCAUCGACACCUGGAUUGAGGCUGUCGCGCAGAACCGCACAAACAUUGCUCCGCAGAACAUCCCGUGGGAGAUGAUUCGUCACCUCGUCGUUGAGACUUAUGGCGGCAAGAUUGACAACGAAGGCGACUACCGCCUCCUGACCGAUCUCGUCCGCAAUCUCCUGACGCCGUCGGCCUACGAUACCGGCCACAAGCUCGUCGACGAUGCCGAUACCAACCUCACGGUCCCUGAGGGCACGUCGUUGCCUGACUACUUAGAGUGGAUCCACAAGCUCCCCGAGAGAGAGCCGCCUACGUACCUCGGCUUGCCAGCCAAUGCCGAGAAGUUGUUGCUUGUAGGACUAGGACAGACGAUGAUUCAGAAUGUGAAGAAGGUUACGGAUAGGUUGGAUGAUCAGGAGAAGCUCAUGGCAUAA